AUGGUUUAUGUUUUCCCAAACCCGAGUCAGCACAUCAUCAAUACGUUGAUUUGUGUUGAAUUCGUAUCUAUAAAUAGGUCGUGUCAGGUCGUGCAUCACCGAUCUGGGCAUUCGCGACAGACUCAGACGGUGGCGGGUAGAAGAGGUAGAGCUCCAUUUGGUGCACUCAACAACAAAUCGGAAGUCAAUGAAGUUAGCGGUGGUGGUGGUUCUUCCGAUGGAUAUGAAUGUAGUAUUGUUGAUUUUACUGAAGAGGAAGUAGAUGCUUUGUUGGAUGAGAAGAUGAAAAAGAGGAUUCAUCGUGAUACUAAGAAAGAAAUGGAGAAUAAGACGGAUCUCAUCAAGAGACUUAAGCAAUGUGUAAUGUGGUCUAAGGGAAAGAAAGAGAAUUUUCAAACAAUCUUGAAUCGGCUGAGAAGAAAUGCAGUGAUACUGGUCUCAUGGCUGGACGAAAGGAGAGGCUCCUGA